AUGUAUGCGUACGUAAAAUUAAUUAACAGUGGAAAAUUUACUACUGUUGGAACUAAUCAAAUUAAAAAUUACAAGCCGAAUCGUCCUAGCAAAGUCUUUGAAGUGAAAAUAAAAGGCGAAUACCAUAAAUGUUUGAUUGGAUUAACAAAUGAAUCCAAAGAAGGACUGACAGAUCAAAUAAACAAGGGUGGACGAGUUCGAUUUCCACCAGCAGCUCUGUUAUCAGAUUUAUCUGAAAUUGAUGAGAAAACUUGUCCUAAAGAAAAGAAAUCUGUCGUUGAAGAUAACACUCGUGACAUUUUAAAUAAAAAGUUAUCAGCAAUAAAUAAGGUAUUAUUCAUAAUUUUAAAUGAUUAA